GAUGUUCAGUGUAAUAAAGGUACUGAGAGAUUCAGAGACAGACUGAAGCUGGACGGUCAGACGGGUGAUCUCACCAUCACAGACAUCAGAACUACAGACGCUGGAGUUUAUCAACUACAAACUAUCAGCAGAAGAAUGAUUCAAAAGAUUUUCAUUGUUGCUGUUCAUGAUGUUUCUGGUGCAAAGACUGAUAAAAUGAAGACAAAAACAGUGAAGGAGGGAAACUCUGUCACUUUAGACACUCACGUAAUAAAAAACCCAAAUGAUGUAAUGAAGUGGCAUUUUAAUGACGAUCUCAUCGCUGAAAUCACCAGAGAUCAGAGUAAGAUCUGUACAGAUGAUCAGUGUAAACAGAGAUUCAGAGACAGACUGAAGCUGGAUCAUCAGACUGGAUCUUUGUCCAUCACAAACAUCACAACCACAGAUGCUGGAGUUUAUGAACUACAGAAAAACCGCCGCAUCCACCCUCACCACAGCAUCAUCAGUAUCAGACGAUUCAGCAUUACUGUCACUGGUGCAUCUGGUGUUGAGACAGAUGGAGUGUCAGUGUCACUGAUGGAGGGAGAUGCAGUCACUCUACACACUGGUGUUGAAAUGAACCAACAAGACCCAAUGAAAUGGUAUUUUAAUGAUAUUCGUAUAGCUCAAAUAAUUGCAAAUCUGAAUAGGACCUGUACAGAUGUUCAGUGUAAUGAAGGCACUGAGAGAUUCAGAGACAGACUGAAGCUGGAUCAUCAUACGGGUGAUCUCACCAUCACAAACAUCACAACCACAGACUCCGGAGAUUAUAAACUAGUGACCAUCAGGAGAAAAGUCAUUCAAAAGAUCUUCCAUGUUGUUGUUCAUGAUGUUCCUGCUGCUGAUCAAGAUGAUAUUAAGAGAAGUUCAGUGAAAGAGGGAGAAGCUGUCACUUUAGACUCUCGUGUAAUUAAAAAACAGAAUGAUGUGAUGAGAUGGUAUUUUAAUGAGAUUCUCAUCGCUGAAAUCAAUGGAGAUCUAAGUAAGAUCUGUACAGAUGAUCAGUGUGAUGGGAGAUUCAGAGACAGACUGAAGCUGGAUCAUCAGACUGGAUCUCUGACCAUCAUGAACACCAGAACCACAGACUCUGGAUUCUAUCAGUUAAAGAUCAUCUACAUCAUCCGCCUUCGACACAGCAUCAGCAUCUUCAGAAUAAAGAGAUUCAGCAUUACUGUCACUAAUUCAAGUCUACCUUCAGGAGUUAUAGCAGGGAUAUGUGCUGCUGUUGUUGUUGGUGUUGGUGUGCUGGCCGCUGUGGUGGUUUGUGUAAAGUACUGUUGCUGAAGAAGGGACCAUGAGAAGAAAACUGAUGUAUUGUGAAAUAUACCAUGUAAAAUUAAUUUGUAAAGUAACAGUGGUAUUAAAACAUUUUUAUAUCAGCAGAAUAAUAUGACCAUGCUUUAGGGUAAGAAUGUAACGUGUACCCUUAAAAAUAGUUAUCAACACUGUGAGAUGGAGAUGGAACUGAUGCCUUUUGAAAACUAUUGAUAGCAUUACCAUCUUUCCUCCAUAUAAUGGCUGAUAAAGUAGUGUUUAUAGCGGUACUUUGUGUACAGCCUGGGAAACUGCUGUAUGUCUGACACUUUCUGGUGUCUGUACAUACAGCUGUAAAACCAAUGGAUCAACAUGAAACUAAUGCUAAAUUAUAACAAUCUAUAACUGAUACUUUUGACUCAACCUC